GUUGCAAACCAUGGCUGUGUGGAUUCAAGCCCAGCAGCUCCAAGGCGAUGCCCUUCAUCAGAUGCAAGCAUUAUAUGGUCAGCAUUUCCCCAUUGAGGUGCGACAUUACUUAUCCCAGUGGAUUGAAAGCCAAGCUUGGGACUCAAUAGAUCUUGAUAAUCCACAGGAGAACAUUAAGGCCACCCAGCUCCUGGAGGGCCUGGUGCAGGAGCUGCAGAAGAAGGCGGAGCACCAAGUGGGGGAAGAUGGGUUCUUGCUGAAGAUCAAGCUGGGGCACUAUGCCACGCAGCUCCAGAACACGUACGACCGCUGCCCCAUGGAGCUGGUGCGCUGCAUCCGGCAUAUUCUGUACAAUGAGCAGAGGCUGGUCCGAGAAGCCAACAAUGGUACUUCUCCAGUUGGAAGUCUUGCUGACACCAUGUCCCAGAAACACCUCCAGAUCAACCAGACAUUUGAGGAGCUGCGCCUGGUGACGCAGGACACGGAGAAUGAGCUGAAGAAGCUGCAGCAGACUCAGGAGUACUUCAUCAUCCAGUAUCAGGAGAGCCUGAGGAUCCAGGGUGAGGCCGGGCCACCUGGGCGCUGUGUGCCAUGCACAUUCAUCAUUGAGAAGCAGCCCCCUCAGGUCCUGAAGACCCAGACCAAGUUUGCAGCAACGGUGCGCCUGCUGGUGGGGGGGAAGCUGAACGUGCACAUGAACCCUCCCCAGGUGAAGGCCACCAUCAUCAGUGAGCAGCAGGCCAAGUCGCUGCUCAAGAACGAGAACACCCGCAACGACUACAGCGGAGAGAUCCUGAACAACUGCUGUGUGAUGGAGUACCACCAGGCCACCGGCACCCUCAGCGCGCAUUUCCGGAACAUGUCCCUGAAACGAAUUAAGAGGUCUGACCGUCGGGGAGCAGAGUCAGUGACAGAAGAAAAAUUUACAAUCCUGUUCGAAUCACAGUUCAGUGUUGGUGGAAAUGAGCUGGUUUUUCAAGUCAAGACCCUGUCCCUCCCGGUGGUGGUGAUUGUCCAUGGCAGCCAGGACAACAAUGCAACGGCCACUGUUCUUUGGGACAAUGCUUUUGCAGAGCCUGGCAGGGUGCCAUUUGCCGUGCCCGACAAAGUGCUGUGGCCGCAGCUGUGUGAGGCGCUCAACAUGAAAUUCAAGGCCGAAGUGCAGAGCAACCGGGGCCUGACCAAGGAGAACCUUGUGUUCCUGGCACAGAAGCUGUUCAACACCAGCAGCAGCCACCUCGAAGACUAUAAUGGCAUGUCCGUGUCCUGGUCCCAGUUCAACAGGGAGAAUUUACCAGGACGAAAUUACACUUUCUGGCAGUGGUUUGAUGGUGUGAUGGAAGUGUUAAAAAAACAUCUCAAGCCUCAUUGGAAUGAUGGGGCUAUUUUGGGUUUCGUCAACAAGCAACAGGCCCAUGACCUCCUCAUUAACAAGCCUGACGGGACCUUCCUGCUGAGAUUCAGCGACUCUGAAAUUGGUGGCAUCACCAUUGCUUGGAAGUUUGAUUCUCAGGAAAGAAUGUUUUGGAACCUGAUGCCUUUUACCACCAGAGACUUCUCCAUCCGGUCCCUGGCUGACCGAUUGGGGGACCUGAAUUACCUUAUCUACGUGUUUCCUGAUCGGCCAAAAGAUGAAGUGUACUCCAAAUACUACACACCAGUUCCGUGCGAGCCUGCCACUGCUAAAGCGGUGGACGGAUAUGUGAAGCCACAGAUCAAGCAAGUGGUCCCUGAGUUUGUGAAUGCGUCUGCAGACUCUGCCGGGGCCAGCGCCACCUACAUGGACCAGGCCCCCUCCCCAGCCGUGUGCCCCCAGGCUCAUUACAACAUGUACCCGCAGAACCCUGACCCUGUCCUUGACAACGAUGGGGACUUUGAUCUGGAUGACACAAUGGAUGUGGCGCGGCGAGUGGAGGAGCUCUUGGGCCGACCUAUGGACAGUCAGUGGAUCCCUCACGCGCAGUCAUGACGCCCCCAUCUCCAUCUUCAGCUUCUUCAUCCUCGCCAGAGGAGUUACUCUUGUGGAUGUUUUAAUUCCAUGAAUCGCUUCUCUUUGGAAACUAUACUCAUAAUGUGAAGUGUUAAUACUAGUUGUGACUUUAGUGUUUCUGUGCAUGGUGGCACCAGUGCAGGGAGCGUGUGUGGGUGUGUGAGUGCGCGUGUGGGUGAGUCUUCACGUCAGGCUGUUUUCUCCCCCUUGCUGUCCAGAGUUUAAUUGCAGCACUGGGGCCAUAAACAGAGGCUGUGGUUGUUUUGACCUUGUGCAAAAAGGCAGCAGUUCCAUGAACCCUGGAACUUGGCCAUGUGUCUUGAGGGUGGCUGAACUUUGACCUGUGGCUGUUGGAGUCAGAGAAGGACAAAGGGAGGAGAAAGCACCUCUCCCGAGAGGUUUGUCACUGUGUCUGCAAUUGAUACCUAACAGUGACUGUCUCUGCUUGCCUCUGAAACGUACAAACUGCCUUUUGAAAACGAAAGCCGUCCUCCCUCCUUCCCUCUCCCCGACUCCCGUUUUCCUGGGUAGGGAUGGGAAAGGGGGGACAUAUGGUGUUGGGUCAAGGGAAGUCACAGGCUGUCUGAUGGGUCGUUGCUUUUUAAGUAACACAGAACCCGUCUACAUGUGCUCUCCCUCCCCCUCCUUCCACCCCUUGUGACUUGCCCCUCGGUUCUGUGUGUGUGCAUGUGCGCAGACACGCUUGAUGAACGAGAGAAAAGAGGGUCACAUGACCGUGGCUUACAGCGCUGAUGCCCUUUGUGGCCCGGCCAGAGUGGAAGGCCGGGCCAUGACCCGCGGCCGCUGAGCGAGCUGCCUUGCUACCCGGGGCAGCUGCCCUCCCUCCUCCCACCCCCCCACCCCCCCACCCCUGUCUGCCUGUCCUUCUGCCCGAGCGUGGCCACCCCACAGCUCACUGAUGGAGGCCAAUCACACAAGCACACACAAGAUCACACAAGCGGACUGGUGUUUUGUUUCUAAAUCAGAGGACUUCUUGUUUUGCACUUCCCACCCCAAUCUGACAUCACAGCCCUUUCUUCCUGGGGCAGGUCCUGUGCCAUUCACACCCGGGUCACCUCGGUUCCCUUCGCUGUCCGCAUGGGCCGUCUCCGGGAGGGGCUGGUGGGGGUGUAGUCCGAACCCAGGGCCAGCGUGCCCAGUGGCCUUGUUGCCCUCUUGAGAUGGGCUGCUGGGUGUCAGGAGUGGUGAUUUGGGGAAACGCAGUCAGUGGGUUUCCGAGGAAGUUUGGUAAGAUGCCAAAACCAAACAGCUUCAGUAUAACGUCCAUAAUUUCUUCCAUAGCUUUACCCCAGAAGGAAGGAAUGGGCUACAGCAGUCAGGUGGCACAAGGGGGAGCAGGCGUAGCUUUCGGGGUAGGCUUAAAGGUCACUCAGCCCCGGCCCCCUUCUCCGAAAGAAGGAAUGACCACACCAGGAGAGAAUGGCCCUAAAACCUUAUUUUUAUACAUGUGAGUAAAUAAACAUAUUUUUUUUACAAAAAUGACUUCUGAAUUUAUCAGUGUUUUGAUGUUAAAGGAAAAUAUUCCUCUGUAGUAAAUUAUUUAUUGGAAGAUGACUUUUUAAAAGCUGCUGUUCGCCCUGGCUUGGUUUCAUACACUGAUUUAUUUUUCUAUGCCAGGCAGUAGACUCUCUCUGCCUCUGAGGAGCAGGCCAACCCCUCCAUUGUACCAGCAGUGACAUAGGAUGUCACUCAGCCCUUUAUAUGCCCCUCAAGAUUUGAUUAAAAUUCCACCCAUGAGGAUGAGAGUGUCGGGGCAGCGGGGAGGAGGGGCCCUGACCGCUCUCGGACCCGGUCUUAAAGAGCCCUGCCCUGCCCGCCCCUUGGACUUCACCAGCGCCAGCCCCUGAUGCCGCGGUGGGCAGGCUGGGAGCUCCGUGGCCCCGGCGGGGCGGGACUGACCCACCUUCACGUUGGCAGGGACUCAGCCCCGGGGCGUGCUGUGGGCAGAGCUCGUCCUUUACGGUUGGCACCAGAGAUGAGGGAGACAGGAGCCGAAGAGUGUGUGGCUGCCCCGAGGAGAGGGGGCCCACGCUGGCACGGUCGCUGGCCUGUCCUCCGUCCUCCUGAGGCUGUGCCUGUAGAUGGGAGAGAUGUUUGACUGAAGGGUAUGCUCGCUAUCUGCGUUGUGUUUUCUCUUUUCUCCCUGUUCCUGCAAACCACAAAAAAGGCCAUGGCAGGUCUUGACCUCCUCUGCCUCUCACUCGCCCCCAGACACACACACACGUAAGUCAUCAAGCGUUUCAAUGUGUGGUAUGUGCAGGGCUUUUGUAAGGGGGUGGAGAGACUAAAAGUGAAUAGAACUUAAAGUGGAAGUAUACUUUUUAUAAUUUUUCUUUUUAAAACUUUGUGAAAUUAUUUCAGAUACAUAUUUUAGUGUUGAGGCAGAUUAGUAUAUAGCCACCAAAAAAGUAUUGUGUACAAUUGGGGGCAGUCACAAAAUUGUGUAUUUUAUGUUACAAUAAAGGCUUCCUUCUCUGAAGGGACAAUAUUGA